UUGAAGCCAAACAUGCCGCGGAGCGGACUACUGUCUUUAAGAGGUCUAAAAAUGCCUGAACUACCACAAGACACUACGAAAUUUGGCAAAUACAGGAAUGUUGAUAGCGAUGAUAACAAUUCCGAUGACUCAGAUCCCGAAGGCAGCGACAAAGAAGUGCAUGACGAUGAACCGGAACGAGGCGGAGUGAUAUUUACUGUUAUGAAAUAG